AUGCAGAUCUCAUCUCAGCCCAUGAUGACUGUUGCUCAAGUCGACGCUGGCCGAACGCACCCGCGUCGCCGGUCCAACUUAAACUCGGCCCUCCCCUCGCUUCAGACGGAGCCUCCAUCUGGCACCUCCAAGAUGCCGUUGAGGAAAGGCGAGACAUUCAACACCCCCACCAGCCCGCCCUCUGGCGAUCGCGAUCCGGUCUUGAGUAUUCGCUCUCUGCCCCGUCGUGCCCCGACGUCUCUGGAGGCAAUCACUUCCAGCGAAGAACGCAUGGCGUCCAUCCUCAACCGCUUGACCCUUGACGAUUCCCCGAAGGAGAAGUCGUCGGCCCCUGCCAAGGACGACCAACCUAGCUCUCGUGCUGCUUCCAAGUCCGGCGGGAAAGACUCCGAUUCUCGUGAUGACCAUAAUUCACCUCACAACAAAACCACUUCCUCGGAAGAGGGCCACGAUUCGGACAGCGGGCUUGGAUCAUCCGUGAGCAGCGUCGAGAGCAUGUCGCCCUUGAGCAAAGCUAUGAAAGAGGACAUUCACAGCCACGACAAGACGGCAAUCACUACGUCCGAGACCUUUGAAUCUGGCUCGACCCCGAAGAGACAAUUGGGCCUUGCCGCCUGCAAACAGAUUGAAAAAUUUGUUUUGGUCCCCAUAUUGAAGGAACCUAAGCUGAAACCGUUUCACGCUUUGACUCGGAGUGUUCCGUCUCGCAUUGUGAAUAAGCAGAUUGUCUGCCUUCGCGACCUCGAAAAGACCCUUUUGUGGUUGGCACCGAAGUCGACUUCUUCUCGACACGCCUAUCUCAAUUUCGCCGAGUUCACCAUCCAGUGCCUGCAUACAUCUGCUUCGCAUCUAAACGACCGAGACCAACGUCUACCUACCGACCGACCGUAUACUAACGGUUAUUUUGUCGAUCUUGUUUCACAGGUCCGCCGCUACGCCGCGAUGAUUCGCGCCUCGCAAGAGCGGGUGCAGGCCGCUCAAAGCGAGAAAAAGUCUCCGUAUGUACAACUGCGUCCUCUUUUCAAUAAAUCGGCUCGAUGGCCUGCCAGAGACAAGUCUAACCGUCUCCCCAGCGUCGCGGAGGCUGUUCUUGAGGGGGGACUGUCGAUCAAUGGAAAGCCCGCGGAGAUCAUUGUGACUCAAGAUGGAAAACCCAUCUCGAUGCGCACCGGAGAAGUGUACAAAGCCGACUCUCCGUUUGUUUUCAAGCGUACCAUCAGCUUUGACCAGUCGACGGAUGAGGGCGUUCAGCGCUCCAUGGCCCGCCGCAAGAAAAAUGCGCCCCCAAUGGACAUCAACCAGAAGUGCAGCCACUGCGACAAGGUUUUCAAGCGCCCCUGCGACUUGACCAAGCACGAGAAGACCCAUUCCCGUCCCUGGAAGUGCACGAUGCCCGGCUGCAAGUACAAUACGAUCGGCUGGCCUACUGAGAAGGAGCGAGACCGCCACAUGAAUGACAAGCAUUCGGAUAACCCUGCCCUCUACAAGUGCAGCUUCAAGCCGUGCACCUACGCUUCGAAGCGCGAGAGCAACUGCAAGCAGCACAUGGAGAAGGCCCACGGCUGGAUUUACAACCGCUCCAAGAACAAUGCCCGUGGCGGUAGCAAGCGUGGUUCGUCGCUGCAGGCCACGCCCCGUACCCCCAGCGUUUCCACUCCUGCCUCUCGCUCGGCUGCCGAUUUCCCCACGCCUGUCUCGGGCCCCAGCCCUUCGCCCUAUGAUCCGCCGAUGUUCUCCGACCAGGUGCCAUUCAAUUUCAAUGACCCCCCUGCGGCCGCUCGCAGCGAGGACUAUGGCCCUCUUUUCGAGACUUCGCCUUUCUCUGAUUCCAACAUGUCUGGUGGCAUGGGAGGACAGGACUUUAGCCUAUUUACCUCGGCUAACCUCGACGCAAUGGAGAACCAAUUCGGGGCCGGUGACCCGAACGGCCUCAUCUCUUCCUUGUCGAUGCACCGCCAGUCCAUGAAUUCCAUGUCUGUUCCCUCUGCCGGCUCCGUUCCCGACUUGAUGGCCCCGUCCAUGUCGUUCGACGGUUCUCCGCUCGCCAGCAGUGCCGAUCCCAACCUGAGCUUCGAGUAUGAGUGGAGCCGCCUGGAGGCUUCUUCAACUAUGCCGGAGGAUUAUUCCACCUCCAACAUGCAGCUUCCUACUCCUGCCUACUCGGAUCACAGUGGCCUGAAGCAGUCUACCUCGGGAGCUAUGGGCAUGCCUCAUAACUACAGCUACAACACCCAUGGCAAUGUUUCUGGCCUCUCGCCCAAUGCCCAGGGUAAUCUGAUGCUGUAUUCCCCGGAUUCCAACGGCGCUGAUGGCCACCACACCCAUCUCUACAAGUCUGCUGGUCAGCCCGGGAACCCCGACUUCCCUCUUUACGACAACUCCCUUAUGGCCAUGAACGGCCAGAUGGUGAACCCCUAUGCGCCUCGUCAGCAACAGCCACUCCGACUGCCCCAACAGCAGUCCCACCAGCCCCAGGUAUCCGCUCAGCAGAUGGGCGGCAUGUAUGUUGCUUCUUCCGAGGCGAUGUUUCCUCCCUUGCCGAGCCUGAAAUGCUCCGUGGCAUUCAGGGCUGGGACUCGCAGGACAUGA